AUGAAAUUCUACAUAGAUGAUUUACCGGUGAUUUUCCCGUACCCAAAAAUCUAUCCAGAGCAAUACCAAUACAUGUGCGAUAUCAAGAAGACUUUAGAUGCUGGUGGGAACAGUAUUUUGGAAAUGCCUUCAGGAACAGGUAAAACUGUUUCUCUGCUUUCGAUGGCCGUGGCAUAUCAAACGCAUUACUCAGAACACCGCAAGAUCAUUUACUGUUCCCGUACAAUGUCUGAGAUCGAAAAGGCUUUGGUGGAAUUGGAAUCAUUAAUGGACUACAGGGCUAAAGAACUGGGACAUAAAGAGCAUUUCCGUGGAUUAGGUCUCACAAGUAGAAAAAACCUGUGCUUGCAUCCAAAAGUGCGAAAGGAGAGAAAGGGCACGGUGGUGGAUGAGAAGUGCCGUCGAAUGACAAAUGGGCAGAACAAACGUAUCUUAGAGGAAGAUCCAGAGGCCAAUGUGGAACUGUGUGAUUUCCACGAAAAUCUUUACAACAUGGAACCUGAAAACUACGUUCCCGAGGGUGUGUUCUCCUUUGAAAAACUGAUAAAAUACUGUGAAGAGCGGACGAUGUGUCCAUAUUUCACGGUUCGUCGUAUGAUUUCCAUGUGCGACAUUAUGAUUUAUUCUUACCAUUAUCUACUGGAUCCUAAAAUUUCCGAAAGAGUCUCUAGAGAGGUCUCUAAAGACGCAAUUGUGAUAUUUGACGAGGCCCAUAACAUUGAUAACGUUUGCAUCGAAUCUCUGUCACUAGAUUUAACUAACGACGUCUUAAAGCGUGCUACAAAGGGUGCUAAUGAUUUGGCUGAUAAAAUCCACGAAGUCAGGCAAGUUGAUGCCCAAAAACUACAAGAUGAGUACGAUAAACUCGUAAGCGGUCUUCGUGGUCCAGAUAUGUUGGGUGACUCAGAGGAACCCCCCGUAGAGUCGCCAGUUCUCUCUCAAGACUUGCUCAAAGAGGCGAUUCCAGGUAACAUACGAAGAGCCGAACACUUUGUAUCAUUUUUGAAAAGAUUGAUCGAGUACCUAAAGACCAGAAUGAAGGUUCUGCAUGUCAUUUCUGAGACUCCAAACUCUUUUCUCCAGCAUUUGAAACAACUGACUUUCAUCGAAAAAAAGCCUCUUCGAUUUUGCUCCGAACGUCUGUCUCUUCUCGUGAGAACUUUGGAAGUGACAGAAAUCGAAGAGUUCAAUGCCCUAAAAGAUAUUGCGAGUUUCGCUACUCUAAUUUCCACCUAUGAAGACGGCUUCACACUUAUCAUUGAACCGUAUGAGAUCGAAAACGCUGCAGUUCCAAACCCUAUCAUGAGGUUCACAUGCCUCGAUGCAUCCAUCGCUAUAAGACCCGUCUUUGAGAAAUUUUCAUCCGUUAUCAUCACUUCGGGAACCAUAUCACCUCUUGAUAUGUAUCCCAAGAUGCUCGAUUUCGAAACUGUUCUGCAAGAAUCCUAUGCUAUGACGCUGGCCAAAAAAUCAUUCUUACCAAUGAUUGUCACUAAAGGUUCUGAUCAAGUCGCAAUUUCGUCUCGAUUUGAGAUUAGAAACGAUCCUAGUAUUGUAAGAAACUACGGUUCGAUGCUGGUGGAGUUUGCGAAAAUCACCCCGGAUGGAAUGGUAGUCUUUUUUCCAUCUUACCUCUACAUGGAGAGUAUCAUUUCAAUGUGGCAAACCAUGGGUAUACUGGACGAGGUAUGGAAAUACAAACUAAUUUUAGUCGAAACGCCUGAUGCGCAAGAAACCUCGCUUGCUUUAGAGACUUAUCGAAAGGCAUGUUCCAAUGGUCGCGGUGCAAUUCUACUAUCAGUGGCAAGAGGUAAGGUUUCGGAGGGAAUUGAUUUUGACCAUCACUUCGGUCGAACAGUUCUCAUGAUAGGUAUUCCUUUCCAGUAUACGGAAUCUCGUAUCUUAAAGGCCCGGCUGGAAUUCCUGAGGGAGCAUUAUCAAAUAAGAGAAAACGAUUUUCUCUCAUUCGACGCCAUGCGGCAUGCCGCUCAAUGUCUGGGUAGAGUUUUGAGAGGAAAGGACGACUACGGUGUCAUGGUACUAGCAGAUCGAAGAUUUGCAAGAAAAAAGAAUCAACUGCCAAAAUGGAUAGCUCAAGGUUUAUCUGACGCGGAUCUCAAUUUGUCGACAGACAUGGCGAUUGCAAAUACUAAGCAGUUUUUGAGGACCAUGGCUCAACCGACAGACCCAAAAGACCAGGAGGGCGUUUCACUUUGGAACUACGAUCAGCUCAUUAAGUAUCAAAAGGACCACCAGGAAAAGGGAAAGGGUUUUCUAGUCACAUCGAGCGAAGAUAAAGACGAUGAAGGGGACGUUAAUAUGCAGUAA